AUGGGCGCAGCAGACGACCGACCGCUACCAGAUGGGUGGAUCAAGCAGUGGGACAGCAACUACCAGCAGAACUUCUACGUCGACACCAAGGCGACGCCGCCCAAGUCCGUCUGGAGCCUCGACGAGGUGUUCGCCUCGGCCCGACCCGCCUACGCUCCUCCACCAGGGCCGCCACCUCCUCUCCGCUCGGGCCAGGACUCGUCGAGGAGCUCGCAGCAGUACGCGGGCGCUGGGCAGUCGGGUCCGCCGGCGUACGAGCAGGCGACGGGCGCGAGGGACUCUGCCGGCGGUGGGGGCGGAGGCUACCAUGGCGGCGGCGGAGGCUAUGCUCAGCCCCAGCAGGGUUACGGCUACCAGCAGCAGCCCCCGUACGGCGCCGGGUACCCGCAGCAGGGCUACAUGCAGGGCGGCUACCCGCAGCAGCAGCAGCCGAUGAUGAUGCAGCAGCCGAUGUACGGCCAGCCCAUGUACGGGCAGCAGCAGAUGCCGAUGCAGAGCCGAGGGCGCAUGGGCGGCGGCGGCGGCAUGGGCGGCAUGGGCGCGGGCAUGCUCGGCGCAGGUGCAGGUCUCCUCGGCGGCAUGAUGGUCAUGAACGCGAUCGACGACUCGCAGCAGGAUGCGUAUCAGGAGGGCUACGAUGAUGGCGGAGGAGGAGACGACGGCGGUGGAGAGUGAGCGCGACCUCUAUAGCUGGCGCCGUCCUUCCUCUUCUUCGCGCUCUCAUGAUCUGUCUCUCGGUGCAAUAUCACUCGAUCCUCUCGGUCUGAAC